AGUAUAAAAAUCUAAACUUACUUAAACAAACAGUAGCGGUAGUAGUAGUCAAGUGCGUGACGUUAGAGUGAAUGAAUGAGUAAGUAAUAAUCACCACCAAUAAUACACAAAACGGAAUUCAAUUCUGCUCCUCCGUUAUCUCAUCUCGUCUCUUCUAAUCUAAUUCACAGUUUAGCAACAACUUAAUCUGCACUGUAGUGUUGCAAAUUCUGUAGUCUACUGGAGAAUGUUUGCAAUUGCAUCCACCUUUUUUGCUUGAUUAGGCCUCAAUUCAUGCUUCGGGUUUUUGGUUUGGUAGUUUUCGAUGCAGAAGAUAGCAUUGUCAACCGAUGGUCCAAUAAUCUUGAAGUUGAAGUGUUGUAUUUGAAUCUAAAGAUUGAACUGAUCAGAUGGGCAAGGAAAAUGAGUCACCUGUGAAGAAACAAGUUAGUGAGGAUGGUUCAUCGAGUGUUGAGAUCGGGGAUUUAGAAUCUCAAUCUCGACUUAGUUUGGAGAGGGAGAUGGGCUUGGCGAGUUGUCGUGUGUGCCAGUGUGCUGAGUCUGAUAAACGGGGUGAUGCUGCUCUAGAAUUUUUGGGUAUCACCCCGGUUAUAGAAAGCAAGGGGGAUGAAAAGUCUGAUGUUGACAAGGGAAUUCCAAAAGAUGUGACUGUUAACCGAAACCGUGAAAGCAAACCUGGGAUGAUGGAAUUUGUAGGCCCUAAUGGGGAGGUUUUCGUUUGUAAGAAUGAUUUGGAAAUUGGUUUGUCUCAUGAAGAUACGUUAAUUGAACUUGGUUGUUGUUGUAAAAAUGACCUUGCUUUAGUACAUUAUGCUUGUGCACUCAAGUGGUUUAUCAACCAUGGAUCUACCGUUUGUGAAAUAUGCGGACAUAUAGCAAAUAAUAUUAGAAUAUCUGACUUCAAUAAGGUUAUUGGUUCUUUAAAAGAGUACGAAUCAUUGAGGGAAAGAACUGUCAAUGGAGUUCCUGGUCCUGCACAAGAUCAUACAAAUACUGGCGUGGAUCCUGAUGCUGUGGCUGCUAUCCGGAGGCAACGGUUAAGUGAAAUUGCACUCUGGUUUUGUCCUCAUAAUAGCAAUAACUUUAACAACAGUAGCAACAUGGACUCAGUUUCACAGCUUGUUUCUGAGCAGCCUUUGAAUAUUGUUGUCGAAGAAGCUGGCCCCGUACAGAGUCCUGCAACUAAGUGGGCCGUAGAGUGUACAGGGAUCCUGCUUGCUACAGGGCUGCUUACCAUCACCCUAGCAUGGCUUAUAGCUCCUCGUGUUGGGAAGAAUAUUGCAAGAAGUGGUCUUCAUAUCCUACUUGGAGGUGUUUGUGCUUUAACAGUGGUGAUUUUUUUCCGCUUCUUUGUGCUUACCAGAAUCAAGUAUGGACCUGCACGUUAUUGGGCAAUAUUGUUUGUUUUCUGGUUUCUUGUCUUUGGAAUAUGGGCUUCUCGGACGCACAGUGCUCAUACAACGUGAUCCAUUGGUACAGAGCUUUACCAUAUUUGUUUAGUCCUAUCUGCCCUCGGCCCUCCCCACCCCUCCCAUCUGUUUUUUGAACUCUUGUUUUAUUUCCUUGCCAUCUUAAAUUUUGUGAUUAUAGAUAUUUACUAUGAAACUACUAUAGAGUAUAUUUGGUUGAUUAUCAUAUUUGUGGACGUAUAAUAGCAAUUAUGCGUUCCUUAGCUAGAUUUCAGGACGUACACACACACAUAAAUGACUGAACAUGUGUAUACUCCAUAAGUACAAUCUUGAAUUGAAAAAUAUCCAGACACAAUUAAUUGCUAACCAUUGGCCAAAUGAGUAGCAAUGUAUCACUUGCCAAUGGAACAGACAUCAUGAUAUUGUGUUGGGGUCAGUGGAUUAGAGACCAACUAUAAUGAUAAAUUCGAUGAUGGCAUUCGAUGA